AUGUCGAUAACGGAUUUUAGAAAAACUUUAGCAGAACAGUUAAGAUAUCCUCCUACAGUUGUUUCUGAACCAACAACGCGUAAAAGGAUACACACUCAAAAAUCCAACUGGCCCAGGAAGAAAAAAAAAAGAUUUGUAAAGGAUGCUACCAAAAUCUUCGGACAGCAUUAUCAAGCCGUGAAGCCAAUAAAAAAGUCACCAAAGUAA